AUGCUGCAAAACCUUCAAGGAGGGGGUCUUGGUCUUAGGUCUCUUAGAAAUCUUAAUAAGGACUCGAAUCUUAAGAACUGUUGGGACUUUUACAAUGAAGACAGUAUUUGGGCAACUCUUCUCAGGGCUCGUGUUCUUAGGCAUGCUAGAAUAAUAUCCAACAACAUUUGUUCAUCUAUUUGGAGUGGCUUAAAAGGUAAGGUUCCCACUGUUAAAAAUAACUCUAUUUGGCUCAUUGGUAAUGGUAAAGAGAUCAACUUCUGUCUUGAUGAAUGGUGUGGUCCCCCUCUUAACAGCAUCUAUAAUAUUCCCCAAAUUUAUCUCAAAAACUUGCAUGUUACUGUGAGUUGCUUUAUUGCUAACAACUAG